AUGUUUGAAUUAUUUCAUAAGUCUUAAUAAGUUUGUUAUCUUAUCCAAUAGACUAAUCAAAAGGCUUAAAGAAUUAAUAAGGUCAGUUUUAAUGUUUAAUUAUUUUAAAAUAACAAAAUGGACUUAGAUUUCAUAUUUUUUCCAGCUCCAAAAGAGACUAUUGAUAUUGGAUAUUUUGAUGAAGGUAGAAUAUUAUGGAUACCAAAACAUUCGGCACUUUAUCCAAAUUUUCAGAAUUAUGUGAAAAGAAAAACAAAAAAAAAUAUGUUUGUUUUUGUAAAGCAAUCUACCCAAUAAGUGGAAGAUGAAUAAUUAGCUUUAAUUGAUGAUCAAUAGUAAAAUGUUUAGUAAUAAUAGAGAAUUUUCAAAGCAACCAAUUCCUUAAUUUCCAAAUAUUCAUAGACUUCAAAAUGAUAAAUAAUAUUUAGUUGAAAAACAAUUUGAGGUUGAUUAAAAAGAAAUAGGGUCACCAGAAUUUGAUUUUAUUGAUUACGAAGAGGAUUUAUAGAAUAAAGUAUCAAAAUUAAAUUAAGAAUCUGUGAACAACAUUGCCAAAACAAAAAUCAAUAGUAUAUUAGAAAAUUAGUUCAUAAGAGCUAAAAAAAGAGAAACUACAAGUAGAAGUUCACCUCAUUUUAUUUAAUUUAAUAAAAAAUAAGACAUAGUUAUGUAAUAAAAAAGAUCUGGUAAAAGAGAUGGAAGUAUUAUUGGAUAUAUUCCUUGUUUGCUUAUAAAAUAUGAAAAUUCAUCAAAUAUCAUUGUAUAUUUUCAUGGGAAUGCUGAAGAUAUAACUUAAUCAUACACAUUCUUGAUACAUCUUCGUAAUAUUUUGUAAGUAUUAUUAUAUCAUAGUAAGAAAAGAUUUCAGUUUUAGCAGUAGAAUAUCCAGGUUAUGGAAAAUAUAAUAAGAUUUAAACAUCUGCUGAAGCUAUANUUAUCUACUUAUUUUUCAAGUAAUUCUUCUUUAAAAACAUUUGUUCUAAAAAUAAAAUUGUAAUAUUAAUUUUAAAUUUGUUAAUUUUAGGCAGCUUUUGGAGUCCAAAGGAAAUUUUAGAUGUUUUAAAAAUUGUUAAAGUCUAAAUGAUAAAAUUUUCAUAUUAUUAUGAAUCUUUUAAAAGAUAAGUUUUAUUGAUUGAAAUUCAUUAUGAAAUGUUUGAAUUAUUUCAUAAGUCUUAAUAAGUUUGUUAUCUUAUCCAAUAGACUAAUCAAAAGGCUUAAAGAAUUAAUAAGGUCAGUUUUAAUGUUUAAUUAUUUUAAAAUAACAAAAUGGACUUAGAUUUCAUAUUUUUUCCAGCUCCAAAAGAGACUAUUGAUAUUGGAUAUUUUGAUGAAGGUAGAAUAUUAUGGAUACCAAAACAUUCGGCACUUUAUCCAAAUUUUCAGAAUUAUGUGAAAAGAAAAACAAAAAAAAAUAUGUUUGUUUUUGUAAAGCAAUCUACCCAAUAAGUGGAAGAUGAAUAAUUAGCUUUAAUUGAUGAUCAAUAGUAAAAUGUUUAGUAAUAAUAGAGAAUUUUCAAAGCAACCAAUUCCUUAAUUUCCAAAUAUUCAUAGACUUCAAAAUGAUAAAUAAUAUUUAGUUGAAAAACAAUUUGAGGUUGAUUAAAAAGAAAUAGGGUCACCAGAAUUUGAUUUUAUUGAUUACGAAGAGGAUUUAUAGAAUAAAGUAUCAAAAUUAAAUUAAGAAUCUGUGAACAACAUUGCCAAAACAAAAAUCAAUAGUAUAUUAGAAAAUUAGUUCAUAAGAGCUAAAAAAAGAGAAACUACAAGUAGAAGUUCACCUCAUUUUAUUUAAUUUAAUAAAAAAUAAGACAUAGUUAUGUAAUAAAAAAGAUCUGGUAAAAGAGAUGGAAGUAUUAUUGGAUAUAUUCCUUGUUUGCUUAUAAAAUAUGAAAAUUCAUCAAAUAUCAUUGUAUAUUUUCAUGGGAAUGCUGAAGAUAUAACUUAAUCAUACACAUUCUUGAUACAUCUUCGUAAUAUUUUGUAAGUAUUAUUAUAUCAUAGUAAGAAAAGAUUUCAGUUUUAGCAGUAGAAUAUCCAGGUUAUGGAAAAUAUAAUAAGAUUUAAACAUCUGCUGAAGCUAUAUAAAAUGAUGCUGAUUAUGUUUAUAAUUAUUUGACCAAGAAAAUAGGUUAUGAAGAAAAUUCUAUAAUGAUUUUUGGAAGAUCAAUAGGAUCUGGUCCUGCUACUUAUUUAGCAAGUAAACAUAAACCAGGUUGUUUGGUUUUAAUGUCUCCAUUUACUUCUUUAAAAGAUGCUGUACGAGACUAUGUCAGGUUUGUGGGUACAUGGGUACAACAUUUAAUUAGAUAAAGAUUUAACAAUAUAGUAAAUAUAAAUGAUGUUACAUCUCCAACUUUUAUUUUGCAUGGAAAAAAGGAUGAUAUGAUACCUUAUUAAUAAGCUUAAAAAUUAUAAGGUAUUUAUUACAUUAAAUAAUUAGAGAAUUGUUCUGCUGAAAUAUGUAUUUUACAUUUAGCAGAAGAUAUGGAUCAUAUUAGUUAUAAAUUGCACUUUGAUUUAAUUAUACCUUUAAUGAAAUUCUUAAGGAAUAUUAACUUCUAUAAGAUACAUUUUAAAAGUCCUAAAGUACCUACCAAUUUAUAUCAAAAUCCUAUAUCAUGA